AAAGUGGUGAUCAGAAAAAGAUCCAAAGUCCCGGGUGUCAUGAUCACACAGUUUAUGGAGGAACUUCCAGAAGGAAAGAGCACCCCGGAUUUCACCCGCAAACCCAUCGCCUUGACUAUUCAGGAGGGAAAACUAGCCGUCUUCAGGGCCAUUGUGACCGGAGACCCAGAACCAGCUGUAACAUGGGAACGAAGCAAUGGUGACACCUCAAAUUCAGAAAGAUACAACAUUAAAUAUGACCCUGCGUCUCAUGAACAUACAUUGGAGAUGCCCGAUGUCUGUGCAGACCAAGCGGAUACUUAUAAGUGCUAUGCUACAAAUGAGUUUGGACGGGCAGUUGUCACGGCCACUCUGAAUGUGAUUGAAGUUGGAUUUAAGAAGAGCAAGGCACUGCAGGAGUCAAGAACAGCCAUCAGAGAGAAUCCAUUGCAAAUGAAGAAAAUGCUGAAGAAACGUACUCAACGUCCUAAAGAAGCAGAGAAGCAGGAUGGGGAAAUAGACCCAAAGUUCUGGGAACUGCUGUUGAGCGCAGACAAGAAGGAUUACGAAAGUAUCUGUCGGGAAUAUGGGGUCACCGACUUCCGUUGGAUGCUCAAAAAACUGAACGAAUUUAAAAAAGAGAGAGAAGAGGAACAAGCAGUGUUCAUUAAACACCUGGACAACCUGAAGCAUAUUGAAGUUAAAGGGAGCGGCAUUGCACAGUUUGAACUUGACAUUGAUCUCACUGACCCCAACAGCAAGAUCUACAUCUAUAAGGAUGGUGUGAUGAUGCCCUUCAGUUGUGAUUCAGACGAGAAACACAGUCUGAAGCGAGUCGGGAAGAAGUACAUCUUCACUGUCAAAGAUUUACUACCUGAGGAUGCUGGGAUGUACCAGGUGGAUGUUGAGGGUGUUAACAUCUUCUCAACAGACUUCAAAGUACCCAAUGUUGACUUCAUUGUCAAGAUAAAGGAGGUCAAGGCCAUGGAGAGAGAGGAUGCUGUCUUUGAAUGUGUCCUAUCCCACCCCUUCCCGAAAAUGCUGUGGAUGGGCAGGAAUGCAGCCCUGGAACAAGGGGAGAAGUACGACAUCACUGUGUCCGAGGACAAGCUCAUCCACAGGCUGGUGGUGAAGGACUGUAUGCCCCUAGACGGCGGUAUCUAUGCAGCCGUGGCUGGCAUUAAGUCCUGCAAUGCCUGGCUCAUAGUGGAAGCUGACAAGGAUCCUAAUCUUCACGGCAAAAAGAAAGUUCGGAAAACGACCCAGGCAGGAGGGGCGGGGGCCGACCUCGCAAAAAUCGCCCAGGAGCAGCAAGUGAAACUGCAAAAGGAGAAGGAGGAGAAAAUUGAAAUGGUGAAAAAAGCUCAAGAGGAGAAGAAAAAGGCUGAAGUCACAGUCAUGGACACAGGAGGAAAAAGUGAUGGCACCAAGAUGGUUUCUGAACAAAAUGGCUCUGGGAAAAAUGUUGCUGUGCAGGCUUCUCCUAAUACAGCUGCUCCUGAUGGAGCUUCUCAUAAGCAUGCUGCUCCUGCUGCAGCUUCUCCUAAGAAAGCUCUGGAAAAAGCUGUUUCUGGUGAGGCUACUCCUGGACAAGCUGAUCCUGUUGAGGAUGCUGCUGGAAAAGCCUUUACUGUUGACGCUCCUAUGAAACCUGAUUCUGUUGAGGCUACUAAUGGGAAAGCUGUACCUAUUAAAGAUGUUCAUUUGAAAGCAGAGUCUGCUGAGGCGGUUCCUGUGAAACAAGUUCCUGCUGAGGGUGCAGGAACUAAAGGCGCUAAAGCUGCUCCAGCAAAAGAUGGCCUUAAGAAAGAUGUUCCAGUUGAAGAUGUGCCUGCAGAAAAUGUCCCUGAUGGCGACGCAGCAGAUGGCCUGCGUAAAAAGCGUGUCAGAACUGGUCCACUCAUUCCAGAUACAGUCAUAGAUCCUGGAGUUCACUUCACCAGUGGCCUUGAAGACAUCAGUGCAAUUCUGGGAGAGUCAGCAGAAAUGGUCUGUAAAUUGAGCAGUGACAAGUGUGAAGGAAUCUGGUACAAAGAUGGAAAAAAGCUAUCCUCCACAGACGAUCUGACAUUAUCUAAAGAUGGGGCCUACCAGAAACUGAAAAUACAUAAAUGCCGUGAAGAUCAUGCCGGAAAAUACCGCUUUGAGGCGGAUGGACGUAAAACAGAAGCGAUAAUCAUUGUGGAAGACCCACCAAGGCUUGAUGCAGAUGCCCUGGCUGAAUUCUCAAAGCCUGUUGUUGUGAGAGCUGGUGAGAAGGCGACCUUUAAGAUGACUUUUGUGGGUCACGACCCAAUGAAGGUGCAGUGGUACGUGGACGAUGAGGAGCAGCUGGAUGGCGGAAAUGUAAAGCGUGAGAUAAUGUUCCAGCAGAGUCGUCUAAUUCUCAGCAAGCGCCAGCGCAAAGACAGUGGAGAGGUCAAGAUCAAAAUCAAGAAUGAGUUUGGCACCAUUGAGGCUAAAACCAUGCUCACUGUGCUUGACAAACCAACCCCACCACUAGGCCCACUGGAUGUCAUAGAGAGCUCUGCAAACUGCAUUGAGUUCAAAUGGAGACCCCCCAAGGACAAUGGCGGUUCACCGGUGACAAAUUACAACCUGGAGCGUCAACAGGUGGGGCGCAACACCUGGAAGAAGAUCGGUGAUAUCCCCGGAGCCUCUCCCAUUUACAAGGACACUGAUGUGGAUCAUGGCAGGAAGUACUGCUACCGUAUCAGGGCUAUCACAGCGGAAGGAGUGAGUGAGACAAUGGAGACUGAAGAUGUACAGGCUGGAACAAAAGCAUACCCCGGUCCUCCAGCUGCACCCAAAGUGGUCAGUGCUUUCAAGGACUGCAUUAACCUCUCAUGGGUCGCCCCAACCAACACGGGAGGAACCAACAUUGUGGGCUACAACCUGGAGAAACGCAAGAAGGGCAGCAACCUGUGGAGCCUGGUGAACCCAGCUGAAGAGCCCAUCAAAGAGAAAAAGCAUGCAGUGAAAGACGUCAUAGAGGGGAUGGAGUAUGAAUUCCGUGUGUCAGCAAUAAACUUUUCCGGGUCAGGAGAACCGAGUGUUCCCUCUGACUUUGUCUAUGCCAGAGACCCCAAGAAGCCGCCAGGUAAAGUUAUUGACCUGAAGGUGACAGACUCUACCUACACCACCUUGUGCCUGUCCUGGUCUAAGCCUCAUGAAGAAGAGGGUGUCCAAGAUGAAGCCAAAGGAUACUUUGUAGAGAUCCGGCCAGCAGAGAACCCAGAAUGGCUUCGUUGUACAUCGAAUGCCAUUAUCAUGACCAGCUUCACCAUAAAGCAUCUGAAGUCAAUGGCCAUGUACUGGGUCAGGGUGACAGCCGCCAAUGAGGGGGGAGAGGGGGAGCCCCAAGAACUGGACAACUACAUCCUGGCUAUGCCUCCCCCAGUGAGGCCAAGAUUCACAGAUGCGAAAAUGAACAGUUUUGUGGUGGUGAAAGCUGGACACUCUGCACGGGUCAACAUCAACUUUGAGGCCUCCCCCUGGCCAGAAGUCAGUUGGCUGAAGGACGGUUCACCUGUGUCAAAGAGGGCUACCGUUAGCAACGCAGAAGGAACGUCCCAGCUCCUGAUUCCCUCAGCAGAGCGCACUGACACAGGCAUCUACACCAUCAUAAUCAAGAACCUGGUGGGCCAGGACACCUUCAGUGUUGAGAUCAGAGUCACAGAUGAACCCAAGCCUCCUGGUCCAGUGGAGGUUGAUGAAAAUGUUCCAGGCACCGUCACAGUGUCCUGGACACCGUCUCCGGAUGAGAAACGCGAUGACCGGCUCCACUACUCCGUAUCCAAGCGCGACUCGGUGAAACGAACCUGGCAAACUGUAGCUGACCACCUCUUCAACAACAAGUUCACCGCCUGCAACAUCAUGCCUGGGCGGCAAUACUACUUCAGAGUCUAUGCCAAGAAUGAUAUGGGCGUUUCUGAAUCUUCUGAAUCGCCAGUCUGGGAGGUCACAAGAAAAAAAGAGAAGUUCAGGGUGAAUACCAUUGAAUCAAAGACCUGCAAUUUAGAGAGUCCACCAAAAUUCAUGAUCCCUCUGAAGAUGCAUGCGGCUCCACAAGGCUAUGAAUGCUACAUGAGCUGUGCUGUUCGGGGCGACCCCGCACCCCAUGUCACAUGGUACAGAGACAACGUCAGCCUCAACACCAACACCAACUACUACAUCACCAACACCUGCGGCGUGUGCUCCAUGCUGAUCCUCAGAGUGGGACCCAAGGACACAGGAGAGUACAAAGUCAUCGCCGAAAACUUACUGGGGCGAGCGGAGUGCUCCACCAAACUCACCGUCAAAGAAUAAGACAGUACAACUGUCAAGAUCAAGUCAUGGGACACCUCUUUUUCUACUGAUUAUGAGCUGAAAUUCCUGUUUUGUUUGUAUGGACCUAUCAUGGAUGUAGAUCCCGGGAAAACUUCAAAUCCUUACAAUAUUAUCAUGUAUUGUGUGGUACAAUUAGUGCCCCCAACAAAAAAAGAUUUCCUGUUUAUUUUCCCCCAAAAGUUGAAAUGAGAUCAACAUCAUUGGUACCUAUACCUUCGGUUUCAAAGGGGAAAUAUGUAUUGAACACAUAACAAUUGUAAAUAAACUGGAGAUCUACUAUAUUUCAAGUGCAAUAGUGUAAGACAAGAUCAAUUCUAAAAUGCAAGAGAAAGUCUCGUCCUUGAUAUAUGUGAGCCCUUUCUUUAAAAAAGGAGUAAAUGUGUAUUGCAAGUGAUGGCUAAAUAUGCUGUGAAGUCUUUCUUAAAAAGGAAAAGGUAUGUAUUGCAAGUGAUGACUCCUGGAUGAUGAACCUCUUAUAUAAAAGGAAUAAAAACGUAUAGUUAGAAAGCAAGAUCUCCUAACAGCCCUUUGCUUGAAGAGGCCAUCAUAUAGUACAAGGCUGGAACUGUAAGUGCCAAAGAAUAUAAAAGUGUAAAAGUUCUUUAUUACCAUUUGAGGUUCAAGAAUAGUAGGGAACUUGUAGCAACAAUACAAGUAACAGGCAUGUUCCAGUAAUGAGGUAAUUGUGUAAACAAUGCUACAUGCAUUUCACAAGGUAAGAGAAUGUGAAGGCAUUUAGAAUAUCUGAAAUUCACCCACCCAGCAAUACUUUUUCCUAGUUUAAUUUGGUCCAUUUUUAGAGUCUGUUUAAUCUUUAAAACAGAAAAUACAAAAGCUGUGAAAUGUUUUGCUUUGGAUUGUGUUGAUGUAGAACAUUGUUUCAAUUUGAACAAGAGUUGUCCAAGACUAUUGUUAUAAAGGCAUUUUAAAUGAUACCUAAUUUAUUCUUUUUGUGAGACACAUUCACGUUUAAAAUUAAAUUAAAUUAAAAAAGAAAGUGUGAAAGGCAUAUAUUUAUUAUAUGAUUACAUGUAAUAAAGGCAAUCUCUGUUGCGCAUAUGGGUAUUUGUUAUUUAUGUAAUUAAUGGAGCCAAAAUGUACUUUCAUUCACACUUCCCUUGGCAUAGAUAGUGUGUAUAUCAACAGUAAAAAUAUAUACAGUUCCAAAGUAAGGUUCAGUUUGCACUGUA